GGAUGGAGUUCUGUCGCCAUAUUUGGUCGCCGGUGGGAUGCGAGGAUCUUAAGCCGCCGCCGCUGCACCGAGUACCCCGAUAUAACAUAUUUAUUCACUUUGCUCCCGUCUGCGCGAACGAAACGCGUCUCUCGCCUCCGCUCGCCCGCCUUCCCCCGCUCCCCGGUAACCAUGGCAGAUCGAGAGCACUUGGUUUACCAGGCGAAACUGGCAGAACAAGCCGAGAGAUACGACGAAAUGGUGGAGUCUAUGAAGAGCGUUGCAGGAAAGGACACAGAGCUCACGGUAGAGGAGAGAAACCUGUUAUCGGUGGCGUAUAAGAACGUGAUCGGAGCUCGACGAGCCUCCUGGAGGAUCAUCAGCAGCAUUGAGCAGAAAGAGGAGAGCAAGGGAGGAGACGGCAAGCUCAAAAUGAUCCGCGAGUACAGACAGCUGGUUGAGAAUGAGCUGAAAUCUAUUUGCAAUGACAUUCUGGAUGUACUGGACAAACACCUCAUUCCUUCAGCCAACACGGGAGAAUCCAAAGUUUUCUACUACAAAAUGAAGGGUGACUACCACAGGUACCUAGCGGAGUUUGCCACGGGUAAUGACAGGAAGGAAGCAGCGGAGAACAGUCUGGUGGCGUAUAAAGCUGCCAGUGACAUCGCCAUGAUUGAGCUCCCGCCCACGCAUCCCAUCAGGCUCGGCCUCGCACUCAACUUCUCCGUCUUCUACUACGAGAUCCUUAAUUCUCCUGACCGUGCUUGCAGGUUGGCCAAGGCGGCGUUUGACGACGCGAUAGCAGAGCUGGACACGCUGAGCGAGGACAGCUACAAGGACUCCACGCUCAUCAUGCAGCUCUUACGGGACAACCUGACGCUCUGGACCUCAGACAUACAGGGCGACGGUGAAGAACAAAAUAAAACGGCGCUGCAAGAUGCUGAGGAUGAAAACCAGUGAGAUGUGAUAGCCAACAUGCUAAACCCCCUUCUCUCUCUCUCUCUCUCUCUCUCUCUCUCUCUCUCUCUCUCUCUGUCUCUCUCUCUCUCUCUCUCUCUCUCUCUCUCUCU